UUCGGUGCUUGCUGUUCGCUUAUGGAUCAUACAGCAAUGCGAUGCUCUGCACUCCUCCGCAAACCGCCGUCGAUACACCGGGAAUAACAGCACCGGAUUCGGACGCAGUGACGCAUUUACCGGAGUGGUUUACCUGGGCAUUGGCAUGGCCCAGUAAUGAAUGGCGCCGGGGCUCCCAGCAGCCCUGAACACUCGUCCUGCACGCUGCCCGACUGGAAGGAGUUCUGCGAGCUUCACGCCCGAGCCUCCGCGGCCGACUUUGCAUACAAGUUUCGCCGAUUCAUCAACGAGAACCCAUGCUACGACUCCCCAGGCGCUGACGUCAGCUUUUCACAACAUUUUGCUCAACACUUUUUAACCUGCUUCUCUGCCGCUCUUGACCAGCUUCAAGAUCCAGGCUCUCCAGGGCACACAUCAGUGCCGAAAUACAGCAUCGUGCCCUUUGUGGGCAUUCAGAGCUGCACGCUUCCUUUCAGCCACGAUUUGUACCACCGCCGAAAAGACGUUGGGGCGUCCAGUGAAUCUCUGGACAGCAUGGACAGCGGAGCCGGUGGACAGGAGCAGCGGACACCAACCCGAAAGAUGGCCACCGUCAGCCAAUCAAGAAGUUCUGAGGACGUCUCAUUGGGACGUAGAAAGACACGCUUCAAAAAGGGAUUUUCUCUUCGGAACAUGAGUUUGAGUGUAGUGGAUGGGGUGAAGGAGAUCUGGCACCGCAGGGCGUCUCCAGAACCCGACCCUUCGGGGAGCUCCAGGAGGACCAAUGGAGCUGAAUCUAUGGGGUCCGAACACUGGAGCCAGAAGCUGCGACUGCCCCGGGGCACGCAGGGACACAAAACGGAGCUGCUGGAGAUUCAGAGGGAGGGCGCGCUCAGGUAUAUGGUGGCCGAUGACACUAACUGUAUGGGGGCGGCACAGUGGCAAAAGUGCAGACUUCUGCUGAGGAAGACCGCGGCGUACAUGGAGUCAGGAGAGAAGUUUCAGCUUGAGUUCUACGUGCCUCCAAAGUCUUCAAAACCUAAAGUAAGCGUCCCUCUGUCUGCCAUCGUGGAGGUGAGAACCACUAUGCCCCUCGAGAUGCCCGACAAAGACAACACAUUUGUGCUCAAGGUAGAAAAUGGCGCUGAAUACAUCCUGGAGACCAUCGACUCUCUGCAGAAGAACUCCUGGGUUGCGGAUAUCCAGGACUGCAUAGACCCCGGAGACAGCGGAGACGAUAUCGAGCUGGCCUCCUGUGCUCACAGUCAGCCGCCCAAAGACUUCUCGCUGGUGUCCUCCUGUAGCUGCGAGCUGCUGUGUGACGGCUCACACCGAGGUUCUGCUGCUGGUGAUCAGUCAUCUGCUGCACGCUGCCAGGAGCCGCCGGUGACCCAGCAUCCCUCACACGUCCCGCUGGAGCGAUUCCUGCAGUCUCCAGAGGCCCAGAACACUAACACAGCAUCAGGAAGUCCAGGUGAAACGCCAAGGGAAGGGGAAGGAGAUGCUAGUUUGGCGGGUUACCCAUGGUUCCACGGGACGCUGUCACGGGUCCGGGCAGCUCAACUGGUUCUGGCCGGUGGUGCUCGUAGUCACGGUCUGUUUGUGAUCCGCCAGAGUGAGACCCGUCCUGGAGAAUACGUCCUUACCUUUAACUUCCAGGGCAAAGCAAAGCAUCUGCGGCUGUCUGUUAAUGACAGUGGACAGUGUCACGUUCAUCACCUGUGGUUCCAGACGGUCGCCGAUAUGUUACGGCAUUUCCACACGCACCCGAUCCCGCUGGAGUCUGGGGGAUCCACAGACAUCACUCUACGAUCAUACGUUCAAGUCCAGCGUUCGCCAACAGAUGCGGUGGCUCCUCAUGUCCCGGUGGCACCGCGGGACCUUUCAACAUGUCGCUCAGAGUCAGCCCAUCCACCGUCUGGAGCUGCAGAAACACCACUGUCGUCCAGCUCGUCCUCAUCUCCGAUGGCUCAGCCCAGCACAGGCCUCCACAGCCGCAGCAACAGCGCAGAGAGACUCCUCGAACCCGCAGCCGCCGCCACUGCAGACGACUACCACGACACAGAUGGCACGCGGCGGACUAGAGCUGUGGAGAACCAGUACUCCUUCUACUGAUGCUGUGACUGAUCCGUUUACACCUGCUGCUGCUUUGAUUGGCUAGUGGAUUCAUGUGCAGUAAAACUCCUACAAUAGACCAGUGGUUCUCAAUUUCAGUCCUCGUGAUCCCUUGUCCUGCACAUUUUUGUAUGGUUGCAUCUGAAAUCGUUUACUACUCGAGUAGGUACUACAUUUACUACAUGACCCUUAGAAAAGGUUGCGCUAUGUAGCGUGAAUGUGAGUAUGAUUGGAAUUGGGAUGUACAGGGUGGACCAUUUAUAUGGAUACACCUUAAUAAAAUGGGAAUGGUUGGUGAUAUUAACGUCCUGUUUGUGGCACAUUAGUAUAUGUGAGGGGCAAACUUUUCAGG